CAUCCGAGUGCGCAAGUGGCUGGCGGUGUGUGUGUAGGGGGCGGCCCGGGACUAGGAGGGGCUCCGGGCCAGGCCGGAGCCGUGGUAGGCGGGUGCAGCGGCGGCGCGGCGCGGGGCGGGCGUGCUCUCCGCGGAGAGUUAGAGGAGUUGCCGAGCUGAGCUCCGGUGGAGCUAGGCGCGGAGCUGGGUGCGCGCCGAGCCUCUGCCUCCCGCCGCCUCCUCGCCCUCCAUUCCUCGCUACCCGUCUUCUCCCGGCCACGCCGCCGCUGCUGCCGCCUCCCUGGGAACAGUAGCCGGGGGAGGGGGAUUGGCGCGGUCGGAGCCUGCGAGGAGCUGCGGGGCGCCGGGGCGUAGGGGAGCGCGCCUGGCCCUGCCCGGGAUCAGAUAACAGCCGGCGGGGGAGGGGGUGGGCUGGCCGUGCUCACAGCCUGACCGAGGGACAGACGCCAGCCGCCCCGGCCCGAGCGAACGCCCAGCGGCCGGGGGCGCCGUCCAGGCGCGCGCCCCCGACCCGUGGCUGGACCCAGGCGAUCCGCUUAGCGGACCGACUAGCCCCCUCGGCAUGGAGCGCCCCCGGGGGCUGCCCUGAAGCGGUGGCGGCAGCGGCGGCGAUGCAGCCACCGCGGCAGCUGCCGGGGCCAGGAACGGCCGCCCGGAGCUGGGAGGACGCCGAGCGCGCCGCGCCCCGGCCACUGACCGAGGGUGUUCCAGUGACUGGAUCCUCUCCAGCUGGUGCCUGGAAAAUGGCAGCCACUGCUAGCUCGGCCUUGAAGACAGUACCUUGCCCACUCAGCACCAUUACGUAGAAGACAGAACUCAAGAGGAGCCGUCCCUCCUGGAGCCAGCCUGGGUGCAAGCCAGGGCCCCCGAGCCCCCGGGAUGACUGCGGCCAGCCGGGCCAACCCCUACAGCAUUGUGUCAUCGGAGGAGGACGGGCUGCACCUGGUCACCAUGUCGGGCGCCAAUGGCUUCGGCAACGGCAAGGUGCACACGCGGCGGAGGUGCCGGAACCGCUUCGUCAAGAAGAACGGCCAGUGCAACAUUGAGUUCGCCAACAUGGACGAGAAGUCACAGCGCUACCUGGCCGACAUGUUCACCACCUGUGUGGACAUCCGCUGGCGUUACAUGCUGCUCAUCUUCUCACUGGCCUUCCUCGCCUCCUGGCUGCUGUUUGGCAUCAUCUUCUGGGUCAUCGCCGUGGCCCACGGUGACCUGGAGCCAGCUGAGGGCCGUGGCCGCACGCCCUGUGUGAUGCAGGUGCACGGCUUCAUGGCGGCCUUUCUCUUCUCCAUCGAGACACAGACCACCAUCGGCUACGGGCUGCGCUGUGUGACGGAGGAGUGCCCGGUGGCCGUCUUCAUGGUGGUGGCCCAGUCCAUCGUGGGCUGCAUCAUCGACUCCUUCAUGAUCGGCGCCAUCAUGGCCAAGAUGGCGAGGCCCAAGAAGCGGGCGCAGACGCUGCUGUUCAGCCACAACGCCGUGGUGGCCCUGCGCGACGGCAAGCUCUGCCUCAUGUGGCGCGUGGGCAACCUGCGCAAGAGCCACAUCGUGGAGGCCCACGUGCGCGCGCAGCUCAUCAAACCACGGGUGACUGAGGAGGGCGAGUACAUCCCGCUGGACCAGAUCGACAUCGACGUGGGCUUCGACAAGGGCCUGGACCGCAUCUUUCUGGUGUCGCCCAUCACCAUCCUGCACGAGAUUGACGAGGCCAGCCCGCUGUUCGGCAUCAGUCGGCAGGACCUGGAGACGGACGACUUUGAGAUCGUGGUCAUCCUGGAGGGCAUGGUGGAGGCCACAGCCAUGACCACCCAGGCCCGCAGCUCCUACCUGGCCAACGAGAUCCUGUGGGGCCACCGCUUUGAGCCUGUGCUCUUCGAGGAGAAGAACCAGUACAAGAUCGACUACUCGCACUUCCACAAGACCUAUGAGGUGCCCUCGACGCCCCGCUGCAGCGCUAAGGAUCUGGUGGAGAACAAGUUCCUGCUGCCCAGCGCCAACUCCUUCUGCUACGAGAAUGAGCUGGCCUUCUUGAGCCGUGACGAGGAGGAGGAGGCGGACGGAGACCAGGAUGGCCGAAGCCGGGACGGCCUCAGCCCCCAGGCCAGGCAUGACUUCGACAGACUCCAGGCUGGCGGCGGGGCCCUGGAGCAGCGGCCCUACAGACGGGAGUCAGAGAUCUGAGCCAGUCUUGGCCACAUGCAGCAUCCACCCCCUGCCGGGGAGAGGCCCUGCCGUCCCUCAGGGGCCCCGGGUUUGAGCAGAACGGGCCCGGUGCCCUGGGUUGCAGACUCAGUAGCGUUUUAGUCGUUUUAUGUUUCUUUGCAACAGCCUCAGGAGGUUGGCCGGAGAGGGGGCAGCCAGAGCGGCAGUCCCCGGCCUCAGAGGCUAUCGCAGGCUCAGGGCAAAGAAGUGGCUUCUUGGGGGGCCAGGCCUCGGGGGCCAGGGUUUCUGCCUGAAGAUGGAGCUGCCACCUGCGGGGAGGCAGCUCAGCUCCAUGGUGGGCCCAGCCUCUGCUGUCUGAAGCUGGCCGGCUGCGGUGCUCCUUGCUGGUUUUUAACUUGGGGAGAAACACUGGGUUUCAGUUUUCUUGACCUUAGCUUGGGUAAGACUGUUUACAAAAAAAAAAAAAUUACGAUGCGAUUGAAAAAAAAUUUUUUUAAUUCAUAGGGGGCAAAAAGAACACUUAGAAUUCCAUGGGUCGGCCAGGAUGCAGCUGGCUGGAGGCUCCAGAGGGUUCCCCGAGGUGGGACCGGCCUCUCCCCGUGUGUGGGCACUGCAGCUCCCGGGCAUGCAGGUUGCUCGGGGACCCCACUUCGUCGAGCUCUCCAGCCUGCUAGGCUCUGUUUGUGAUAGAAAAAUCAAGACCAUGUUAACGAUCGUAAUAAAAGCUUUCUACUCUCAUUGGGGUGGUGGGUGGGGCUGGGAAGAAACUGGUUUGAGCUUUUAGAGUUUGACUUUGUACCUUAGAGAUGUGUCUCAGGGCCAGCAUGGGACCUGCCGUCGAGGGUUCCUCCCCCCACCCCCAAUUUUCCUGUUGCGCUUCUCUCUCCAUUUCUGCCCAGGCCUCCGCCCCUUCCACAGCGAGGGGGCCGUUAGGAGCCAUAGGCCGGGAUGGCUCCUUGGGAAGGGAAGUUGGGAUCCCAGGCUAGGAGGAAGCCGGCAGCCCCGUCCCCACUGGGCCCACAGUGAGUCGUGCCUUAGAGACUCCGGGUUGUCCUGUUCUUACUGGGCUCGCUCGUCUACCCCCCACCCUGUCCCAGUCCGCCCCCCCACCCCCAUACCUCCACUGCUGCCCUUCCCACUAGCCCCUCUGUCUGCCUUGUGAAGGUGGCAGGGGCCAGACCUGCCUGACAUAGGACCACAUCCUGUCCCUCCCUCACCUGGGAUAGCACAGCGGAAUCCAGGUGGGGCACAGCCAGACCCUGGUCAGCGUUGAAUGGCAGAGAAAAGAUCUUAGGAAAGGAGAGGAAUCGUCACCUCCUCCCGCCAACUGAGAUGACUGGGGAGUACCAUGCUCAUUCAAAGCUGCAUCAGAAACCGGCCGAGGAACAGAAUUCCGGCUGAGGCUUCUGGGGCCACUCCUCCACCGCCUUCCCCGAGGUGGAGGCACUGUGGCACCCUAGUCAGGAAGAGGUUUGGGGUUCCCUUGGUGUCCCUGGCCACUGGCUCUGCCACCCGAUCUUGUUCUUGGCAGCUGGUCGGGGUGGGUCCGGGAUGGAUCCAGGCCCUUCCUAGGGCUGCAGGGAAACCUGCUCUCCACCAGCCGGGCCUCUCCAGAAGCCGGUGAGCAGACAGCCCGUGUCUCCUGCUCCAACUCUGCCCCUGAGGCACCUCAGAGCCAGAAGGCACCAGGGACUCUCUGGCCCAAGUGGGGAAGUUGAGGCAGAGAGCAGCGAAGGGGUCAUGCAGUGAGCAGUGGGGCAUGGGAGGCAAAGAAGGGCCGGGGGGCCUGGGGUGGGGGCGCCUGCCUCUUCCCUCCGCCUCCUCACCUCCUUCCAGGCAGCUGAAGACUCAGCCCUGAGGACUCGGGCCAUGGAAGUCAAGACACCUGAUCCCCGAACCCUGGGUGGGCCUGACUCAGCCUCCUGUCCCGGCUUCAGCCCCACCCUCAUUUCUGACAGAGAAGAUUCAGCCGAGGCAGCUCUUUGCCCUUGGGGUCUGCCGGAGAUGCCUCAGCUGGUUCCUGCUGCCAGGCCUGGCCCUGAAGCCUGAGGGGCUUUCUCAGCCUUAGCCCUGGGUGCUGGGGUGAAGUCAGCAGGGGAGAGCUUGGUUUUCACUUCCGCCUCCCUGAUGGCCAUGCUGAGGGACAGUGGUGACCCUGGUCACUUGGUACUGGUGUAGGGGCCUGUGCCCUUCCAGGCCCGGUGAGCCAGGCUUCUACCCUCCCGACCCAGAGCUGAGUCCGGUGGCCCUAGGCCCACCCCCUGGCCCUCUCCGAGGUCUGUGCCCUAGCUGCCCGGCCCCCACCCAGCAGGAGAGCCGCCUCAUCUCCCACAGGCAGGCAGAUGCUUGAUUCUCCUGUCCUCUUUCUUCCUUCCCCUGUAUUUAUUUAUUUACUUAUUUAUGGCUUGUGCUAAAGACCAAAAUAGUCUCCCUCUUUAGUGCACUUGAAGUGGGAGGGCGGAUGGGACGAGCCAGGAGCGAGGGAGACUUGGCCCCUGGGGAGUGUGUGUGUGAAGGCGUGUGCCCGUGUGAGCCUGCGGGCAUACAUGGGUGGCACACACGUGCACCCUCAGCUCUUCAUGCGUAUGACUGGGUCAGUCAUACAGGUGCGUGAUCUCUCCAUGUGUGUGUAUGUGUGUGUGUGUGCACGUGGUUAUGUGUCUAUCUACCCACCGGUGUGUCUGUGUGCAGGUUUCCUACGAGGGGGACUGUGAGGCUGGGCACCCACCUGUCAGGUUGGGCACUGGCCACAGACACUGGCACAGUUGAACCCCCCAGUCCCUGACCCUCUGCCCUGAUUACGCACGUCUGUGCCUGAGUAGAGCUCAUUUUCCUGGAUGAGGUACCUAGAGGUGAGUGCGUGCAUCUGGCUCGUGUGUAGGGGGCUGUGUGUGUGCCCAUGUGAGCCCGUGUACCUGAGUGUGUGUGUGCAGCCCGUGCGUGCUGCUCAGAGCACGGUGGCUGCCCCCUGAGCCUCUACUGGUGCUGUGCUGCCCGGUCCCUACCCAGAGGGUCCUGGGGGGCAGGGAGGAGCCACCAUUGGGAGGCCCCUGUGCAGGGUGUCUGCCCUGCAUGAGGUCAUAGAAUGUCAAAUUAUUUUAAAUGGUGAAACCGGAGAAUUUUCAUGUUAUUUUCAAUACAUAGCAGUAUCUAAAGACGUAGGCGAUGAGACUAGACCACAUUAAAUGCAUUUUGAUCUCUUUGA